AUGGGGCUAGCCGGCUACUACAGGCAGUUCAUCCCAUCCUUUUCGGAGCUAACCAGCCCUCUGACCGACCUGACCCGAAAGGGUACUUCAGAUCCGGUCCAGUGGACGGAGCGGUGUCAGCUGGCAUUUGAGAGGACCGAUGCCUCGAACAGUGGGGUGGGGGCCGUUUUGUCCCAGCAGGUAGAGGGGUUCGACCGCCUCGUACUGUACAUUAGCCGUAAGCUCGCCCGGAGGGAGGUGAACUACAGUACGGUGGAAAAGGAGUGCCUCGCCAUACGGUGGGCGGUCGGCGCCCUGCGGUACUACCUCCUAGGGCGCCCUUUCACCCUCUGGUCGGACCAUGCCCCGCUCCAGUGGCUCCACCGCAUGAAGNACGCGCGAGCACCCAACUCUGCGGUGGUGGUGGUGGGAACACAUCUGGAUCUCAUCGACACCAAGUUUCGCACCGAGAGACUGGCCACUCUGAGAGCUUACAUUCUGGCUCUAUGCCGAUCCCCGUCAGGGGCCCGAGCUUCCGGAUACCCCGACAUCACCUGGAAACAACUGCAUGAGGUGUCCUGUAGGACUCGGGAGGGCUUGGAGGCUUUGAAGAAGCUGCUCUUCCAGGUGUCUCGCUCCAUGAGGGACAGCAGCAGCAGCUCGGCCUGUGGCAGCAGGCUGCUGGGCAGACUGGUCCCCAGGAGCUACCUGACCCUUCAGGAUGCAGUGCUAGCAGAGAAGCAGCGGCGGGAUGCUGAAGGAGAGGUCCAAUACAUCACUGAGGCCCAGCUGGAGCACAUCCUCAAACAGAACCCAGAAAGGGACAUCAGAGACUAUGAGGACCGUCAGACUGCCAUCAGCUUCUUGAUAGAGACAGGGGCCCUGCUGCACUUCCCGGACACCAGCCACGGCCUGUGCACCCUCUACUUCCUGUGUCCUGUGUGGCUGUCAGAAUGCCUGGAGAGGAUCAUGCGCCUCAAGUCCUCUCGCUCUUUAGCCAGGAAUGGGGUGAUCAGAACUGAAGACCUUAGGAUGCUGUUGGUAGGAACAGGUUUCACCGAGCAGACAGAGGAACAGUAUUUCCAGUUUCUGGCCAAGUUUGAGAUUGCUCUUCCUGUGGCCAAUAACAGCUUUCUGCUGCCCCACUUACUUCCCCCCAAGCCAGCUAUGGACAUCCACGGUCUUCGCCAGCAGACCCACAACACCCUGCAACGCCUCGUCAGGAUGAGCUUUGUUCCUGCUGGAUUUUGGGAGCGCUUUAUAGCCAGGAUGCUCAUUAGCCUCACAGAGAUGGACCUGCAGUCUUUUGAGCCCAAAAGAAACACCAGGAGCCAGUGCAGCAGGAACUCUGUGAUCUACAGUUUUGCUGGAACCCAGCAGAGGAACCGGUGCAGCACCUUCAGAGUCAAACGCAGCCAGACCAUAUACUGGAAGGAGGGGCUGCUGGUCACUUUUGAUGGAGGCUACCUCAGUGUGGAGUCAUCAGAUGUCAACUGGAAGAGGAAGAAGAGUGGAGGGAUAAAGAUCAUCUGCCAUUCAGAGAGCAGAGACUUCUCUGCCAUGGCUUUCAUCACGGACAACGUGAACUCUCUGAUCGAUCAGUGGUUCCCCGCUCUGACCGCCAGUGAGAGUGACGGGAGUCUCCUCAUGGAGCAGUACUCUCCCUGUCCCCUCUGUGCCUCACUGGGCCCUCAGAAGCAAGCCAAGCUUGUAGGUCAGGUGGGAGAAGAGGGAGCAUGGGGAGCAGGGGGGCGGGCUGAUGGCGCAGGAGGGGCAGGGCUUCAUUACUUCAACAUGGAGGACUGUGUUCUGGCUGCAGUGGAGAAGGAGCACAUCCUCUGUCCUCAGCACCCUGAGCAGCCAGUCAGCCUGCAGGAACUGGUCCCAGAACUCUUCAUGACUGACUUCCCUUCACGUAAUCCAAGAAUCCGGGAGCUUCCUGCAGAGCUCAGUCAACUGUCCAACCUGUGGCAGCUGGACACGGAAGACCUCAACAUUACUAAUGUCCCCCAGGACGUCAGAAAAGAAGGUCCUGCGUCUGUCCUGGCUUUCCUCCGGGCAUACCUUCGGAAGGCUGCCCCUUGUAAACUGCUGAAGAUGCUUGUGAUUGGUCCACCGAGACAGGGGAAGACAUCCCUUCUGGAGGCUUUACAGACCAGCGAGGCGGCCCCCUUCACCCCCGCAGAAUGCAGCAUCUCCAUCUCCACCUGGGAGCUGGACAACCCCAAUGGAGACAAGAGCAGUAGGGACUCUGUGGCGUUCAAUGUGUGGGACAUCGGGGGUCCAGCCAGCAUGUCCACAGUGACCCAGUGUUUCUUCACUGACAAGGCCCUGUACGUAGUGAUCUGGAACCUGGCUCUGGGAGAGGAGGCUGUGGCCAACCUGCAGACAUGGCUGCUCAACAUAGAG